UGGCGCUAGCAGACGAGCUCGCUUGGACAUAACGCAGCAAUUGAUGUGAGUAGAAGUACAAAAAACAACAAAAUAAAAAAAAGAUCGAAAAGGUUUCAGCCCUAUACGCCCAAUACGCCCCUCCACCUCCACUGUUAAAUGGGCUAAAGGUUUCACUUUUUUGCAAACGUUUUUUCUUCUUUUUUUUCUCCAAUCGUAAACAUUUCCCGAUCGUACGGAUACUGAUGAAGAUCUUCCCGCAGUAAGCAUACAGCUGCAAGGUGGAGUAUUGGAAUGACAGACGCAACUAUCAUGUCCCCCUCCUGACGAGGAGGAUGUUUAAUUAGAACUAAUUGUGGGAAUGUUCGUCAAAAGCGACGAACCAUAUCGCCUGUUUGGCGAUAUGCGCAGAAAGCAAAAGGAAACCGAUCAUGUAAUAUUGUGCUAGAAGUCGAAUCGUCUAAUGUUUCCAAUAAAAGCACGGCCAAUUUAAAAUCUUAUCUAUUUAUUCGUUGCUGGUAACUCUUUUUUGUAGCGAUGGAAACGAAUUAAAUAAGACCGAAAGUGAGCACUUUCUCCAUGAAAUGUCCUCCUGCAGCACGUCCGGAAUUGCAAUUGCAAAAGAUUCUUUUCCCUUCUCUGGUGUUUCGUCGUUACCCUCCUCUCAAUAAGUUAAUUUCCCCGGAAGGUGCAUACCAGAAUAAGUCCCUUUGACGCGUGGCCCACCCUUAAAAUCGCUGAACCUCAUCUCGAUCACGUGCUACACAUUCAGUUUGUGGUUAUGUGGUUAUGGUGAGGCGAGGAACACAAACCGGAGACAAAAGGGCUACGAUACGGGUGUUUGUUGGAGGGUCGAUCCAACACCGAUCGCGGCGCAAGUACAAAUCAUUCAACCCCUUCAAACCCUUUCAAACUCUCUUUUUUGUCCCCUUGCGUGGACAAUGGGUGGGAGGGAAUACUUACCUCAUGACCUGCCAGUAAAACUACUACCGGGCCGGUUACAAUUGUUGGUGGACGCUUUUUGAAGAUCAUCGGUCCGAUCUCGUUUCGCAGAAUCGCUAACCGCGACGACGGUGGCAACCUCGAGGGUGAUGCAGCCCGUCAGCCGAAGCAAAGAAAAGACAACACAACACGGCCCGACAAUGGGCCAAUGGGUUGGAGGUGGUAUAUAAGCAGGUGAAUUUCGGCAGUCUUUGAAGCAUUCCUUUGCGGUCGGUGGCUGAAGAUAGAUCGUUUCACCAGUAGUUCCAUAGAGACAGAGAGAAAAAAAAAUAAACAAAAAAUCGGACCAAUAUAUCGGAGUGAUUAAUUUUUUGCCGGGAAGGUGUCAUAAACGUGUGAUAGUUUUACGCUGGAAAGUGCACAUUUCGGACAGACGGAUUUUUUGUUUUUGCUUGCGCCAAACAACGAAGCGUAAAUAUACGCCCAGUGUAGCUGAUAAUGGCUGUUAAACUGGUAGCCUUGGUCUUGCUGCUCACGGUAGCCGUCCUUGCCAGCAAAGAUACCAGCAAACCGGUCGACAGUGUGGCCAUUGCCAGCACGCAGAAGAACCAGCAACCUUCCACACCUUCUAAGGCACCAGCCGUCACCGGAGCGAAGAAGGCCCCGCACGGUAAGCGAGAGGUGACCAGCUACGGAUUACCGCACCAUACGCAUCAUCGUUACUCGCUUGGACAUGCGCAACCACUGACGGAGUUCUACGCUCCGGCCACUAGCCAUGGGUCGUACAGUUACAGCAUCCCGCAGCAUUCGUUAUUCCCGUCCAUGCACGGACCGGCAUCGUUCGGGACGCAUAAACUCUACCUUAGCCCAGCACCGGCCGUCACCGGGUUCAAGUAUACGCCGGGUGUGGCUUCAUCGCAUGCCUUCUACUCACCUUCGCUUGGACAUCAUGCGUCGCAUCAGUCCUUCGGUGGUGGAUUCGUUGAACCUGGACCGGUUAAGUAUGGUACGUUCGGUUCCAAGGAUUUGGCCGACUUACUGAAACAGAUCCAUUCGGUGGGUCCGCUCACGAUUAAGGCCGUCCCGAGCAGCUACGCGUACGGUACACCGUUUGCGGAGUCGCACGACACUGGUAGCAAUCCUUCGGUGCUGUUCGAUAGUGGUGCCUUCCAUCUGAAACCGAUGGCGCUUAAGUUUCACGAGGUGCCUAACUUUGCUCACGGAUCGGGUCUUCCGCAUGCAGCUGCCUUGACGGCACCGGCAGGUCCCACGUCAACGUCUUCCACGUACGGACACGUGGCACACACGCUCGGUUACGAACCGUCGUAUGCUAGCGGAGUCAAAGGACUACGCCACUAUUCCACCUCGAACGUACCGACGAACGAUCUCUACUCCGGCAACAAGUACAUCUCCACGCUGAAUCUACAUCAGCCCACGACUGCCACCAUGGUGUCGCCGCUGCAUACGUCGGUUCACUCAACGGUCGGUCACCAGAAACCCUUCAAACCCUCGACGUACAUCGGUUCCACGCAUGAAACCAUCUCCGCUCCAUCGACAUCCCACACCGGAUCGUAUCUGCCUCCUUCGCUUCAGUACCUUCCGCCAGUAAGCAAAGGCACACCGUUCCCGCACAAGCACAGUUACGAAUCACCUGCCAAACAUGGUUACCUUCCACCAGCGCCACCUUCCACCAAUGCGUACCUACCGCCGCUCCACAAACCUGCCAACGGAUAUUUGCCUCCCGUGUCCAGUGGUAGUAGUUCCAACUAUAUCUCCCUAGAAUCGGGUUCCGCUCCAUCAUCGUCUGGGUCGCACGAGGACACGGUCCGGAAGCCACAGCUGCACCAUCACCAUCAUCAACACCAUACGGAGCAUUCUAGCGAAAGUCUCGAGUAUAGUGGAGCGACCGCACCCGUUCCAACGCCAUCUGCCGUUACAUCAGCGCAUCACUGGAAGCACUAGUCGUCGGUACAUAAAACACUUACACUCCGACAAGUACGGUCGGCUAGUUUGAGCUAGUGCAGUGUUAGUAUUCGAAAUGCAGCAGUCACAAAUGCUACGCGCUAAGUAAGUAGCGCAUUUCCUCUCUUUUUUUGUUUUGGUGGCCACACUGUACGCAUUUUGUUUCCGACAUUUUGACCGCCACGCCACCAUUUCACACAUGAUCAGUUUCUGGCAAAGUUUUACUGGUCCCGUAUCAAGGUAUAAAGGUUUGUAAAAUGGCCAAUAUGCAAUAGCUCAAAGGGGAAUACUUAACUCUACAAAACGGUAACGAUCGUAUGGAAGUAGUAAUAGUAGACAGGGACCAACCUUGGCUUAUCGUUAAAGUAAUGGGCUUUGGACAAGGUUUGUGAGAAUGAGCUGCCAGCGCUAGGGUGUAGAAUGUACGAUAACUUAUAUAUGUUAAUACUAUUUACUGAGAGAUACUACCUGGGUUACGUGCUUCACUAAUGGUCGCAUUAGUAAGAGCGAACUCAUUAAAUUAAAUAAAACAAACACACAAACAAUCGCCAUGUUUCAUUUUUAAAUACUUCCUUUCACCACUUGUUGUGCUACCUAUUCAUCUCGUGCAUAGUAAGUAAACCUCGACGUAUUCCAGACGAAAGUGACACAGAGAUUGUGUGCCCUGUGGGUGCCCGUUCCGGUGCGUGAACAUCCUUCGCACACGUAACAAAUGGUGGUUCAUCCGAAAGCACUGAUCUGGUUGGAAUAGUUUCAAUCAAUUUGAAUGAUACGGUUACGCUAAUUAAACGCUAAUAUACACAGCAUGGCAAAUUGUACGGUGAAACUAGUCAUUGAUGGUUUUUUUGGCCAUGGGUGAUAAAAGUGUGCGGGAGCAUACUCCCGUAACCGAGGAUCGUAGAAAAGAAAGAUAAGUGUUUUACGCUGAACUAAAACGGGGGCAUUUAGUUUUAUAGAAAUUUUUUAAAGUAAAAGUUUGUUACAAAUAUUCAUGAAAGUUUAUUGCUUUCAAACUUAAUACAUAAUGAAGAUCAGUAAAAAAAAGCGACGAUGAAGCAAGUUUACAAAACGUGGAAAUAAUUGCUGGUGCCAUGACCAGGAUAUUGAGGUGUGAUGCAUACUAUAAGAAGAACUGGCCUUGAAGAACAUCGGAAUAAGGCUGCAUUCCACAAAGAAGUGAGUGGAAAAAUUUCUUUUGGGAAGGUGUGCGCGCAUUGUUUGCAUUGUAAUAAUAUGGUGCGGGUCAUGCAGAUGGACUGUUGCAAUAUGGAUCGUGCUUUGCAUUAUUCAUUGAAGAUGGAGAAGAUUUUGGGAAAUAUUUCAAUAAUAUUGCGUAUAUCUUAUUCCGACGAGAAUUUUCCU